AUGGAGAAGACGGCUCAGUGGUAAGCUCGCUCGCUGUUGUCCUGAAAACCGCAUCGGGUCUUCUGAUAAAUGCUCGUUGCAGGGUCAUCUCUCAGGGAAUUCACUCGGACGUCGUGGUUAAAGUGGGCGAUGAGACAUAUCCCUUGCACAAGGUAAGAUUCAUCGUGGUUUUUACGUGAACGAACGAGAAGAACGGAAGAAAUUCGAUCGAAUAAGCUAGUAUUUUUCUUCCCGAUUCGACGACGUAGAUGGUAUCAGUAGAUGCAAUGCUCACCGGCGCUUCCCGGAGAGCAGAGAAAGAAUAUAUUCCGGCUGGUGGUGAUGAAUCGUCUGAUUCCUUCGACUUCUACCUCUGAUCUUGGGAAUUUCCCUUCUCUGUUUCGAUCUCGGGGAUGGACCAGUUCAUGCUCGUGGCGAAGAGCGGUUACCUGAGGACGAAGAUAAUGGAGUCCAAUCAUUCGGAACAGACGUGCAUCGUCGACAUCUCGGAGAUUCCCGGCGGCGUCGAGGCCUUCGAGAAGGUGACCAAGUUCUGCUACGGCGUCAACUUCGAGAUAACCAUCAACAACGUCGCGGUCCUGCGGUGCGCCGCCGAGUUCCUGGAGAUGAAGGAGAUGUACUUUGAGGGCAACCUCGCCAACCGCACAGAGGAAUUCCUGAACCGGGCCGCCAUGAAAAGCCUCCCGAGCACCGUUGCCGUGUUGAGAUCCUGCGAGAGGCUCCUCCCAAUGGCCGAGCAGCUCAACAUCGUCCAGAGAUGCGUCGACGCCUUGAGCAUGAAGGUUCGGGAAUCACUCGCUCACCAUCAAGCAAAAUCCAGAUCUUCUUCUUCUUCUUCUUCUUCCCGUUCUUUGUCAACAGCGAGUCUGUGUUUCAGGUCUGCAUCGAAUCGAAAUUCCCAACUCGUUCCCCGGAGGAGUGGUGGGCCUACGAGCUAGCGGGGCUUAGCCCCGCUUUUCUUCAGAAAACCCUAGCCGCCGUGAAAUCCCGAGGCGCCAGCAACGAGGCCCUCGCCAUCGCCGUCUCCGCCCACGCAGAGAAGAAAAUCCCCGACAUCCUCGCCGGCAAGUCACCGCCGCCGCCCGGCCCCACCUGGGACGACGCUAGAGCGCAGCAGCGCAAGCAUCUCGAAUCCGUCGUCUCCCUGCUGCCGGACAACGCCCCCUUCAGCGUCAGCUUCCUCUGCUGCCUCCUCCGAGCCGCCAUCUUCCUCGACUCGCCGACCACCUGCCGGAAGGAGCUGGAGAAGAGGAUCUCGGCGGCGCUGGACCAGGCCACCGUGAACGACCUACUGUCCGUCACGCUGGACUACAGUGGCGAGCGCAUCGUUGACAUGGACAGCGUGAGGAGGGUGGUGGCGGCGUUCGUCGAGAGGGAGGCUCUCGGCGGCGUCCUGUACGGCGGCGGCGCCGUCUGCUGCUCCGGGACGAUGCAGCAGGUGGCGAAGACGGUCGACGCCUUCAUUGGCGAGAUCGCCACCGACGAGGACCUCUCCGUCUCCAAGUUCACGGGGAUCGCCGGCGUCAUCCCCAAGACGGCCAGGCGCUUCGACGACGACCUCUACCGCGCCAUCGACAUCUACCUCAAGGUGACUCCUUUUUUCUAUCGCGUAUUGCGGGCAAUUUUGGGUUGGGCCGGUCUGGGCUUGUUUAUUAAUGGGUUGGGAGCUGGUUGUCGCCGUAGGCCCACCCGGGACUGGACGAGAUCGAGAGGGAGAAGGUGUGCAGCGUGAUGGACCCGCUGAAGCUCUCCUACGAGGCCCGCCUCCACGCGUCGCAGAACAAGAGGCUGCCCCUGCAGAUCACGCUCCACGCCAUCUACUACGACCAGCUCAACCUGCGGAGUGGCAGCGGCGUCACCACCCCCGGCGGUGGCGGCGGCGGCGGCGGCGGCGGCGGCGGCGGCGGCGAUCUGCGGAGUCAGAUAGUGACCGACUCGGCGCUGAUCAAGGAGAACGAGGCCCUUCGGUCGGAGCUCUCCCGUAUGAAGAUGUACGUCUCCGACAUCCAGAAGACGCAGCCGGCCGGCGCUGCCAGAGGGCCCAAGAAACUCACCCUCCUCUCGUCCUUCUCCAAGACGCUGGGAAAGCUCAACCCUUUCCGGCAGGAGGCCAAGGACACGUCCCACAUCGUCGACGGGGCCAUGGCGGUCAAGCCCAGGAGGAGGAGGUUCUCCAUCUCUUGA